UCUACAAAAUUUUCUUUCCUCGAUUGGAUUCGCAUACUCCGAGAAAGUGAACGAGAAACUGGGAGAAAACGAAAGAAAAUCACAGAGGCAAACAUGAUCGGAGUAGGAAAGAUCAAGCAGUACUCUAACGUUCUCGACAAACCUCUCAGCAAAGGCAAGCAAGAGGUAAGUUUGAGUGCAUUUGCAUUUUUGUUCUCGGAGCUUGUUCAGUACAAUCAAACUCAGGUUGACAAUAUUGCGGAGUUAGAGCGAAGGUUGGAGGAUGCAGGUUAUGCUGUCGGAGCUCGAGUUCUAGAACUUCUUUGCCACAGGGAUAAGGGAAAUAGAAGGGAGACUCGGUUGUUGGGUAUUUUGUCUUUCGUGCACAGCACUGUUUGGAAGGUUUUAUUUGGAAAGGUGGCUGACUCACUUGAGAAAGGUACUGAACAUGAAGAUGAAUAUAUGAUCAGUGAGAAAGAGCUUCUUGUAAACAGAUUUAUUUCAAUCCCAAAAGAUAUGGGGACAUUUAAUUGCGGAGCAUUUGUUGCUGGAAUAGUAAGGGGUGUUUUGGAUAGUGCUGGCUUCCCUGCCGUUGUAACAGCACACUUUGUACCAGUGGAGGGACAGCAAAGGCCUCGGACAACCAUUUUAAUAAAGUUCGCUGAAGAGGUACUACGAAGAGAAGCAAGGUUAGGUUGAUGUCGAUACAAAGAUUACCCAGUGUGAUCCUUUUCAAUGUUUUACUCCAAGAUGCCAAGGGAUGCUUAAUAUUGUUUUCCUGCUUUCUCAUAACAAUCGGGAGUUGUAUCAGGCAAUUGGACAAACCUAUCUUUGAUUAGCUGAAUUUUGUGCUAUACUUGAAUUAGCAUGGUGAUUAUACUUGGAUUGAUGUAAAGUAAAAUGUUAUUGUCAUUACAUUUAAUUUUGGUGUUCA